GAACAUACUUACAAUCAAGUCAGUAAAUUUACGUUAGGUUAUGUUUGAUAUAGUAAUAAUAUGUAAACAAUAUUCUGUUUAUGUUAGAUAUUAGACCAUUAGAAAGAAAAAGUAAUUAACUAUACUGUACGUUUUGUGAAUGUGUAUAUGUGAAUUAUAUGGUCGCAAAAAAUAUUCUUAAACUGUUGACUUGAAAAAUGUCAUCUCCAGUAGCUUCUCCCUCAGUGGUAAAGAAGCACAAAAAACACAAAAGUGAAAAACGCGAAAGAGAUGAAAAACCCGGCCUGAAACUUAUUCUGAAAGUGGGUUCUCAAACUACACCUGAACAUGACUCUACUUUUGAUCAAAGUUUACCCUUACCAACUGAAGGUUUAGAAGAGACAAUGCAAAUUGAGAAAAAUGAUCAAUAUUUUGCUACGACCAGGACUCAUCAUAAGAAAUCUAAAAAAAAGAAGAAAAAGAAGGACAAAAAUAAAGAUCGUGAGAAAAAACACAAGCAUCAUCACAAAGAUAAAAAACGAAAGAGAGAGGAUAAUGAAGAAGCAGGUAAGGAAAUGGGAGUUUAUCCCCAGAUAGGCAGUCCUGGGCGAGAACUUAGAACAUGUGUCAUUAAGAAGUUACAAGAACGAACUCCACUUUCUAAGGGUUUGGAUCAUUUGCUGACACAAUUAGAGAAGAAAGAUCCACAGAACUUUUUUGCUUGGCCUGUCACAGAAAAUAUAGCUCCUGGUUAUUCAACAAUUAUCUCAAAUCCAAUGGAUUUUAGCACUAUGAGGCAAAAAAUUGAGGAGAACCAAUAUUCAAAUUUAGAUGAAUUUGUGAACGAUUUCAAAUUGAUUUGCAAUAAUGCUAUGAAAUAUAAUCAUGUCGAAACUGUGUACUAUAAAGCCAGUAAAAAAAUGCUUCAAGCUGGUCUCAAGAUUAUGGUUCCAGAAAAAUUGGGUUGGAUGCUGAAUCUGGUUCCAGAUAUUACCAGUGAGGAUGUUGGAUUUGAGAUAACACCUGAAUUGAGAGCUGUGAAGCACCACGACGAUCCAGAAGAAACUGACCAUGUACAUGAGUCCAAGCGUAAAAUGCCAGCCACUAAAUUUGAAUCGAUUCCAGAUACCCUAACUCCCGAAGAAAUUUUAUCUAAAUCACAGAUUGCUGCUCGGCAAGCUAAAGCAAAACUCAUGAUGAAGAGAGGUGGUUCAUCUUUGGGUUUUCUAAAACAGAGAAAAGAUGGCACCACACAUCUCAACAUACUUGUUGGUGGAGAUGGAGUUAUUCCUGGAACUAAAAAACGUCCUGUACUUCUCGGUCAACUCUGUGGUAAGCUCACCGAAGGUUCCAGUCAACUUCAGGGAUUUCGUGAAGAUCGCCGCAAUAUUGCUAAGCCUGUGAAACCAUUGUAUUAUGGAGCUUUUGGAUCAUAUGCACCAAGUUAUGAUUCUGCUUUCUCAAAUCUCAGUAAAGAAGAGAGUGAUUUGGUAUACCAAACCUACGGAUCAGACUCGGCAGUCCAAUAUGCUGAGAGUGUGCAAGAUUUUGUGAAAGAUUCAGAUUAUGCAACACAUUUGGUAGAUUCUUUACUGGAUUUGUUGACGGGAGGUGAUCAUUCGAAAACUAAAAAAAUACUAGAAGAGAACAAGAAUUUGCGGGAGGAGGAAGUUGCAGUGAAGACAAUGUUGGAAGUGAAGCCAAUUGAUGCUGUUAAAGUUAAUGUUGAGGAGUUGAAAAGUCUCCAAGAUCUUGGCAUCGAUGUUAACUUCCUUGACAAGAUGGACGAAGAGAUCAGAGUAUCUGAAGAGCGAAAUGAACUACAACAAAGGCUGGACAGCAUGUGCCAACUGCUAGAGAAGCUCCAACAAACCCAAUAUCAACGCCUCUCUGUAACUCCACCGACUAAUCUCAAUCAUUGCCCCCCUCCAUCUGAGGAAGAGCACCACAUUGCAGAAAAUAUUACUGAAAGUAUCACUGAAAUUGCCAAGAGAGUAACCCCUGGAGAUAUCGCACCCCUUCCAGGCAUUCGAAAAGCCCUCGGAAUGUCUGUUCCUGACGUGAACACUUCUCAAGAAGUCAGUAACAUUGAUUUGGAAUCAGAACUGCGACAGUUUUUAGAAAGCGAGCCCAGCUUGGCGCAGAGUCCUCUCAGAGAUGACAAUACUAUUGAAGAGAUUUUGAUGGCUUAAGCAGGUUAGGAGGUACUCGAGAAAUAAAAAAUCUUUCAUCUGUG